UAAAUAUAUUGCUUGAUUGAAUAUUGAUAUUUUUAAUGUACAAGCCGCCAUGUGAUAACUCCGGUUAAUGAAAUGGAAACUGUUAUUCCCAAAUAAGUAAACAAUUUUAUUGUGAAACCAUGGGGCUAAUAAAUUUGAGAAACAUAACAAAGAUUUCCUCUAUUAGAGCUGUAAAUACUAAUAUUUGCUGUUCACGACAUAAGCACAAUGAAGUAGUGAUUGUGUCUGCUGUUAGAACACCAAUUGGUUCAUUUCGAAGUUCCUUAUCGCCGUUACAAGCCCCACAGCUUGGAAGUAUUGCAGUGAAAGGUGCUGUUGAAAAAGCAGGUAUUCCUAAAGAUGCCGUUCAGGAAGUAUAUAUGGGGCAAGUUCUGCAAGCAGGUGCUGGGCAGGCACCUGCCAGACAAGCUGCUUUAAACGCAGGGCUGAAUAUUUCAACUCCUUGUACAACAGUGAACAAAGUUUGUGCUUCUGGUAUGAAAUCCAUUAUGCUGGCUUCUCAGAAUCUCAUGCUUGGACAUCAGGACAUUAUGGUUGCAGGUGGUAUGGAGAGCAUGUCUAAUUCACCAUAUUAUUUAGCUCGUGGAGAAACUCCAUAUGGUGGUGUCCAUCUUCUGGACAGCCUUGUGUAUGAUGGUUUGACUGAUGCUUAUCAAAAAUUUCACAUGGGAGUUUGUGGAGAAAAUACUGCUAAAAAAAUGGGAAUUUCUAGGAAGGAACAAGAUGAAUUUGCCAUAAAUGGUUAUAAAAAAACUGCAAAUGCUGUGGAAAGUGGUGUUUUUUCCAAGGAAAUAAUCCCUGUUACUAUACCUGGGAAAAGAGGAAAACCAGAUGUAGUUAUCAAUACAGAUGAAGAAUAUAAAAGAGUUAAUUUUGAAAAAGUUCCUCAAUUACCUACAGUUUUUCAAAAAGAAAAUGGUACUAUUACUGCUGCCAAUGCUAGCACCAUCAAUGAUGGAGCUGCUGCUUGUGUCUUGAUGACUGCAGAUGCUGCUGAAAAAAUGAAUGUCAAGCCAUUGGCUAGGAUUGUUGGUUUUGCUGAUGCUGCUGUUGCGCCGAUUGACUUCCCUAUUUCACCUGCAUUUGCCAUCCCCAAGUUGCUGGAGUGUACUGGAAUCAAACUAGAAGAUGUUGCUCUUUGGGAAAUAAAUGAAGCUUUUAGUGUUGUAGUCCUAGCAAAUAUCAAGAUGUUAAAACUGGACCCUACUAAAGUAAAUGUUCAUGGAGGUGCAGUUAGUCUUGGUCAUCCUAUUGGAAUGUCUGGAACUAGAAUUGUGAAUCAUUUGGUUCAUGCACUUUCUAGCAAACAAUAUGCUGUUGCAGCUAUAUGUAAUGGAGGAGGAGGUGCUUCUGCAUUAAUGAUACAGAAGAUUUAAUUUGAAAAUGUUUGGUUUAUAAAGAUUGUUUUUUUUUCAUGUAUUUUUGUAUUGAGAAUUUUUUGUAUUUUAUAUUAAAGAUAUAUUGAAUUAUUU